AUGCCAUUGACCAUCUUCGAGAAGGUUGAGAGACUGACAGGAAUCUGUUAUGUUCAGGUUUUGAAAUACAUAAAGACUCGGAUUCUUUCUGAAUAUCCUGAGGCAAGAGACGAGGGAAACCCCAACAAGAUUGCUAAGAACUUCAAGUUUACAUUCCAGCAAGAUGGGGUUCCUUGUCACACGAAUGCAGUGGCUCAAAAAUUUCUUAGAGAUGGGUUUGGAAACCGGUUUGGGGAUAAGGCCACUUGGUUUCCUUCAUCACCUGAUUUAAACCCUUUAGACUGCAGCAUCUGGAAGGAGCUUGUCAAUAAAGCUUGUGAGAAGCCCCACAGUAACCUACAAGCCCUCAAAAACUCCAUCCGUAGGACUCGAUUGUGGAUGGGAUUUCUGAAUUUUGAACUUCUUCAGGAAUGGGUUAUUUAUAUCGAAACUUUGCUGCAACAGCAGCAACAACUGCAUCCACAAGCUGCAAAAAUACCGGCACCAAGACGAACACCAGCAACAACCCUCACAGUCACAAUAACUCCUCCGCCGGCCCCACCACUAACACCCACAUCACCACUACCUACAAGCACAACUAUAGCAACAACAACUUCAACUACAACAACAACAACAGCAGCAGCUUCUGCUGCUGCUGCUGCUGCUGUUGCAGCCAAAUCAGCAGCCUCGUCGGCGUCAGCAUCAUUAUCAACAACAGCUCGGAGAUUAUCGUCAGCCGUUCCGCUAGAUUUUUCCUCGUUGUCUUCAUCGCUUUCCACCUCGGUUCAGUCCUUAUCGCCUCGACAACCACCACGGAAGCGGGGCCGAAGCCCACGCCCGAGUCCCAAACCAAGCCCGAAACCAAGCCGGCUUCUUCGUCACCAUCAUCAGCAAAAACACAAGUCACCAGCGGCAUCACCAUCAUCAUCGUUAUCAUCGGCGAUACCACAACUGUUUUCGCAGGCAGCGGCGGCGUUAAAAAGUGUACCUUCGUCAGUUUCCUCGUCGCAAUUGAAACCGUCGACACCACCACCAAAGGGAGUACGAACGCCUACACAGAAUCGGAAAACAACAACGAUAGUUCUUCUCCAGCCGUCGGUACAGACAAAGCAACAGCCACCACCGUCACCACGCCGACUCUCACAAACACAAUUACAGCCACCGUCGCCCUCUCCACGCCGCUUAUCAGACACACAAUUGCAACAACCAGCGUCCUUUCCACGCCGUUUAUCACAAACGCAACUUCAACAACCACCGCCGCCGUCACCACGACGCUUAUCACAAACACAACUACAGCCCCCAUCGCCCUCCCCACGCCGACUAUCAGACACACAGCUACAACAACCGCCGGCCUCGCCACGCCGCCUGUCGCAAACACAACUCCAACCACAACAGUGGCCGCAAGCGAGCCCACGGCCAAGCCCAACGUGUCCCGUUUCGCCCACUCCAUUUGCGGCAUCGCCUCCCUCUUCAUCGGCACCUUCUUCUCCGCCGCCUUCUCCACCUUCACCGCGAUGUUGUGAGUGUUUCGGUUGUGGUAGUGUUCUGACGAGGAGAAUGGAAGUUUUAUCCAUGCUAAAAUUGUCCUUAAACACUGACAAUAUUAAUCCUAUAACAAAAUAUUAUGAUAUAGGCAAACAGGUCGGCAGUGCAGGACCAGAAAUGGUAUGGAAGAUUUUCGAUGCAGUGCGCCUUGAGGACAAAAGAGAUGCGUCUGUAUUUAUCUUUGAGAAACGUGUUGCCGACAAACUGCACAAGCCACGGCGUCGAGAAACAGUUGCAGAAAUACUGCGAAAGGAGGUGCACCAACUGCAAAGAAUAAAGCAUCCCAAAAUUCUGCAAGUGUUCCAUACUCUGGAAGAAUGCCACGACAGUUUAGCGUUUGCCUGCGAACCAGUACAAGGGAGCCUUGCCAACCUGCUGGGAAACUAUAAAGGACUUCCAGCUAACAUGCCUGGUGAACUAAAGGAAUGUGAUUUUAUAGAAAUUGAAAUUAAAUAUGGAAUUCUCCAGAUUGCCGAAGCGUUAAGUUACCUCCACACCACAGAACAGAUGCUACAUCGAAAUAUAUCGCCCCAAUCCAUACUACUAACCAGGCGAGGAGGAUGGAAGAUGGCCGGUCUGGGCUUUGCUGAGAAAGCACUUAAAGAUGGCAAGGAUUCUUUCCAAUCGGUUCCGUGGACACCGAAAAUGCCAAAAAUGGCCCAACCAGACCUCAACUAUAUGGCACCUGAAAUUAUCAGUGAUAAAACCUGUACAUCACUAAGCGAUAUUUUCUCUCUCGGAAUGGUAGUAUGUGCUCUUUACAAUUCGGGCCACCCGCUCAUCGAAGCCGAACACAGUGUCAGCUUGUAUCUCAAAAAACUAGAACAGAUGCACGAUGAAUUUGGUAAAGUGGCCCACAAGAUGCCAAUCCACAUCGUAGAACCGGUGGAAAAGAUGAUAAACCGAGAUAUCAGAUACAGACCAACAGCUCAGGCCUUCGCUCUUAUGCGAUACUUUCACGAUCCUAUAAUUACGUGUCUGCAAUGCUUGGAUUUAAUAGAAUUACAGGAUGCUACGCAGAAAUCUGAAGUUUAUGCCAGUCUAGUUCAUAUUCUUCCAACUAUACCAAAGAAAAUUAUAUACAAACAUAUCUAUCCGAUUUUAUUGAACGAAUGCCGCUCCCCUGAUAUCACCUUAGCUAUGUCACCCCUAUUAGGGAUCAUCGAAUUGGCCAGCCGCGAAGAAUACUCGGAAAUCCUUAUUAACGACAUACGAUACCUUAUGGGAAUGUCGAAACCGAUUCAGGCAACAGCAUUUCUUCUCGAUAAACUUCACAUUAUUCUCGCCAAAUCUCCAAAGGAAGAAAUCAAGUCGGAAGUGCUUCCCAUGGUCUUUAACACACUGGAUUCUAAUUCACUGCAGGGUCAGGAAGCAGCAUUGAACACUAUCGCCGUCAUCAAAGAAUACGUGGAUGACCAGGUGAUUAAGAAGAUUGUGCUACCGAGAGCGAAGAACCUGUUUGCAAGAUCAAGCAACGUUAAAAUGAAAAUCAACGCGCUGACCUGUAUCAAGAAAUUGCUGGACAGUCUAGACAAGAUGAUUAUUCUAGACGAAGUCCUGCCCUUCCUCACCGAGAUCUCUUGCCAGGACGCUGAGGUGGUCAUGAGUAUCGUCGGUACAGUAAUCCUCCAUUUUCUUAUCUUCCAUUUAUGAAGUUUUCAAAUAUCU